UUUAGAAAGUAUUCAACUAGUUCCAUACUCCAUUCCAGUCGGUGGCGGUAAUGCACCUAUAAGUCUGGUUGCCAACCGCCAGUAAAACCCAAAGAAGAAGAAGAAGAAGAAGUGUAGCGUCACUUACAUCCGCACUCGGUAGUUUUUUUGGAGACACCAGCCCGCCAUUGCAAUAAUAAAAGAAGAAGAAGCUUCUCUGGACUUUACUGCGCUAUCAAGUCAAAUUAGAUAUCCAUUACUAAAAUUUGAUUUAGAAAAUAGCGAGGAAAUGUAGUACUUGUAGUGACGCCACUGCCCAACGCUGGCUAAAGACGUUUCUCCAGGGCGGAUUCUAAAAUCUGUGACUUCUUGAAGUUAAUUCUAUGUGAGGACAUCUUAAAUAUGGAGGAAGUGAAUAAAGGUCUGAGUUUGGUGCUGCUGGGGAAAACUGGAGUGGGAAAAAGUGCAACAGGAAACACAAUACUUGGACGACAAGCUUUCAAAUCAGAGAAGAGUGGAUCUUCUGUCACAAAAGAUGUGCUGGAGGAAUCUGGAAUAGUCUGCGGGUUUCCAGUCACUGUUUAUGAUACACCAGGAUUAUAUGACACUGAGCUGGAAGAGCAAGAGAUCCAGCAGAAAUGUCAGAGUGUUUUUCAGAAAUGCGAUUCAGAACUUUGUGCUUUUUGUCUUGUCAUCAAAGUUGACAGAUUUACAGCUGAAGAGAGAAGAACUGUGGAGAAGAUUGAGAAAAUGCUGGGACAAACCCGCUUGGAGAAAACCUGGAUUCUCUUCACCAGAGGAGACGAACUGGAAGAUGAAAACAAGACAUUAGAAAAAUUCAUCAGUGAGACUGAAGAGCUGAAGACACUCGUUCAGAAAUAUGACCAACGAUACCAUCUGUUCAACAACAAGAAGAAAAGAUGUACUGGACAAGUUAAAGACCUGCUUAUUAAAAUUCUCAAGACAUGUCUAAAGAAAGUCGCUAAUGGAGCAUUGCAAAUGAAGAGUGUUGUGAAAAGACCAAAGCCAAGACUAACUCCAGUCUCCAGUCCUGCAUCCAGACGGAUUGUUCUUGUGGGUAAAACUAGUGUUGGUAAAAGUGCAUCUGGAAACACAAUCCUGGGACAGAGAGAGUUUAGAUCUAGGAGGAGUAUGAGUUCAGUAACUCAUGAAUCUACAGAAGCUCAGGCCACAGUUUCAGGCAGAUCUGUGUCUGUAGUCGACACUCCUGGAUUAUUCGACACUCAGAUGAAGCAGGAAGAGUUAAUGAAGGAGAUCAGCAGAAGUGUGUAUAUCUCCAGUCCUGGACCUCACGCUUUCCUCAUUGUGUUUCCUGUGAACAUGAGAUUCACUGAAUAUGAACAGCAGAUUCCUCAGAUGACUGAACUGCUGUUUGGUGAAGAAGUGUUGAAAUACUCCAUCAUUCUCUUCACUCAUGGAGAUCAGCUGGAUGGAGAGUCUGUAGAGAAGCUGAUAGAGGAGAACUGUAGAUUAAGAUCUGUAGUCCAGCAGUGUGGAGGCAGAUAUCAUGUGUUCAACAACAGAGAUGUGAAUAACAGAGAGCAGGUGGAGGAUCUACUGCAGAAGAUUGACUCAAUGAUACAGCAGAAUGGAGGAGGACACUACAGCAAUCAGAUGUAUGAAGAUGCUCAGAGAGCCAGACAAGAGGAAGAAGUGGAGAGACAGAGAGAAGAAGAGGAGAGACAGAGAGAAGAAGAGAGACAGAGAGAAGAAGAGGAGAGAAAACAACAAAAGGAGAAACAAAGACGGGAGGAGAUUGAGAGAGUGAAGAAGGAAGCAGAGGAGAGAGUCAGAGCAGAGUAUGAAAAGAGUAAGAAACAAGAGGAGAAACAAAGACGAGAGGAGAUUGAGAGAGUGAAGAAGGAAGCAGAGGAGAGAGUCAGAGCAGAGUAUGAAAAGAGUAAGAAACAAGAGGAGAAACAAAGACGAGAGGAGAUUGAGAGAGUGAAGAAGGAAGCAGAGGAGAGAGUCAGAGCAGAGUAUGAAAAGAGUAAGAAACAAGAGGAGAAACAAAGACGAGAGGAGAUUGAGAGAGUGAAGAAGGAAGCAGAGGAGAGAGUCAGAGCAGAGUAUGAAUCACUGGAAAAUAAGGAUGGAGUCAGGCAAGACAUGAAAACCUUCAGUGGAUCUAUGUGGAAUUUUUACAAGCAACAUGGUGUUUUGUCUGUCGUUGGAGCUGCUGUUGGAGCUGUUAUUGCUGCACCUGUUGCUGCUGCUGCAGCUGUUGUUGCUGCACCUGCUGUUGGUGUUGCUGCUACUGUUGGUGUUGCUGCUACUGUUGGAGGUGCUGCUACUGUUGGAGGUGCUGCUGUUGGUGCUGCUGCUGCAAAAAGAAUUGAUGACAUUCAAAAGCAACUAGAUAAGAGGAAAAAAUAGAAAAAGAUGAAUUUGAGAGUAUGAAAAAAAAGGAUGAGUAAGGUCAAUUUAACUUCGGAAAUAAGGAUUCAGAGACGCAAGAAAGAGGUAGCAAACAGCUGCUACAUACUUCAGCAUUAGAAAUUCAUACACCGGGUUGAGAUGGAAAUGCAGCUCCAGCUGAAAAGUGCAGUAAGACAGUGUCACACAGCAGAAGAUGACAUGCUGAAGAGAUGGCACUAACGGAGACCAUAAGCAGGACCAAAAAAGGUACAAUAUUAUUUUAAACUGUUUAUUUUACACUGUGAGAUUGUGUGGGUACUUCACGGUACAUGUCUCCUACUCAGGCAGCAUUAUUCAGCACAUAAGUAGAUCUAAGUGUGGUGCUUCUCUAUUUCAUGGUACAUGAUGAUCAGGUGAGCUUCUUGUACUUUUUACACAUUCAGUAAUGUUCUUAUUUUGGACUGUUUCCUUUAUAAUCAUAAGCAAACUGUUUUGCUUACAGAAUCUCUGAACAUCUGAAAACCACAGACUUGCCUACUAUAUAUUAUGAGAAGAAAAGAUGUGAGAUGAAUAGUGCGUUUAAGUACACAGUACAAGAAUAACAGUAGGUGAGACGUUCCCAGAUGACCUACUGAUUCUGAAGCUACAUGGAAUAGAAGCCAUGCUAUGCCAUAAUGCAGGGGUGGGCAAGCUCUGUCCUGGAGUACUGGCGUUCUGCAGAGUUUAGCUUCAACGCUAAUC